AUGAUCAUUGAUUCGUUCAACAUUAGAGGGGGAGGAAACACUCUUAAAAGGCGUAAAAUUAGUUCUUUGAUUAAAAAGGGUAAUGUGGAGAUUUUCUUGAUUCAAGAGACGAAGAUUUCUAAUCUACAAGAUUAUAUUGCUAGGAGUUUUUGGAGUAACACAGAAGUUGGUUUUUCUUUCACUAACUCGAGGGGCAUGUCGGGCAAUCUUGUAACUCUUUGGAGAAUUGGUGAUAUGGAGGUGCUUAAUAGCUUCAAAGGAGAAGGGUUCUUAGGGGUCAAAAUUGUGUGGAAGGGUAACUUGUAUUAUGUGGUUAACUUCUACUCGUAUGAUGUGAGAAAAAAAAUUUGUAUGCGGGCUAGAUUGUUGGAGUUGAAUGAUUCUUAUAGAGACGUGGAGUGGAUCAUUGGAGGGGAUUUCAAUAUUAUCAAAAUUAAUAGUGAGAGGAAGGGAAGGGGAGCGGUUGAAAGUAGGGGUGACAUGAAAUCUUUUGAGGAAUUUAUUGGGGAAAUUUCGUUGGUGGAUAUUCCUUGUAAAGGGAAGAAAUUCACUUGGUAUAGUGGAGACGGUAAGUCUAUGAGUCGGAUUGAUCGGUUUCUGGUGGCGGAUAACAUUGUUAAUAGGUGGGGAGUGGUAGGUCAACUGAUUGGUGAUAGAGAUAUCUCGGACCAUUGUCCUAUAUGGUUAGUUAAGGACGAUGUUAAUUGGGGGCCAAAACCUUUCAAGUUUAAUAAUGAAUGGUUCUCCUUUGAUUCGUUUAUUCCUUUUGUUAAGAAGGAGUGGAAAGAUUUAAAUGUGGAAGGUAAGGGAGAUUUUGUGCUUAAAGAGAAGCUUAAAUUACUUUAA